GCAGGGACACGCCACUGGCCAGAGGGAGGAGGUGUCCACAGGUCCGUCCCGAUGCCCUGCCCUCGGCCGUUCUGGCUCCGCCAUUCCCGGGCCCCCCAGGGCUCGGGUCCCAUCUCCCCAAGCAGAGGGGAGGACCAGGAGGAGGAGGAGGAGGGGGACGGCAGCCCAGGCUCCAGCCCCAUCCUGUCCCCCGCCUCCCCGGUGGAGUGCCUCAUCUGCGUGUCGUCUUUCGACGGCGUGUUCAAGCUGCCCAAGCGCCUGGACUGCGGCCACGUCUUCUGUCUCGAGUGCCUGGCGCGCCUCUCGUUGGCCACGGCGGGCGGCGGCAACGCGGUGGCCUGUCCGGUGUGCCGCGCACCCACGCGCCUGGCCCCCCGCCGCGGACUUCCCGCGUUGCCCACGCAGUCGGGUCUCCUGCCCCGUAACGCGCGCGCGCCGCCCUCUCGCCAGGGCUCCGUGCGCUUCGACCGGCGCCGCGGCCUCCUCUACCUGCGGCCGCCGCCGCCCCCGCCCGGGCCGCGCAAGGCCCGCGCCCAGCCGCCGCCGCCGCCUCUGCGCCUGGGCCGCCCGCUGUCGCGCCGCCUGUCUCUGGCCAGCCCGGCCUGGGUCUUCAACGCGGCCGUGGCGCUGGCCGUGCUGGUGGCCGCGGGCCUCGUGGUCUCGGGCGUCUACAUCUUCUUCCUCAUCCCGCACGCCACCUCCUCCGGCCCCGCGCGGCCCCAGCUCGUGGCGCUCGCCCCAGCGCCAGGCUUCUCUUGGUUCCCGCCGAGGCCCACGCCGGGGGUGCCCUGGACCCCCGCCUGGACGCCGCGCCCCACGGGCCCUGACCUGGACACGACACUGCCAGGAACUGCAGAAGAUGCGCUGGAGCCCCAGGCGGGCCCCGAGGACCCGGCGGAGAACGAGGGGACGCUGGACAGGCGAUCGGACGGCACGUGGGGCACAGAGGCUGGCCCCGGCUGGGCCCCGUGGCCACGGGGUGCGAGGAGGCCGUGGGGCCCACAGUAAGGGCGCCAGCACUGCAGUCCUGCCGCCAGGCCUGGCACCUCCGUGUUAUCUGGGGCCUUUAGCAGGGCGCACAGCACUUACCUGUUUCUCCAGGCUGGGGCCUGGGGCAAGCAUCGUUUGCAUUGUCACGGUGGGGCUGGUCUCUUUCAAGGAGCAGGCACCGCAGUCAUCCCACAAGGAUCCUCUGGGAACACCCCUGACCCCCAUUCUUGUGGCUGUACAGCGGAGGGUGCCCUGACCGUGACCUCCAUAAGGGUCCUGCUGGGGUUUGCUCCUGCUCCGGAACCCCUACUCCGUGGGGGUGCAGUUGGAAGCAUCCCUGAUCCUCAUCCCUUGUAGGAGUCCAGCUGUGGACACCCCCGACUGACAUCCAUGCAGGUGCCCAGCCAGGGGCAGCCCCACACGAAUCCCUGAACGGGUCCUGCUGGGAGUACCCCCAUUCAUCCUCACCACAGAGUGCUGGGGGAGCAUCCUUACCAGCACCGGAGGCCGAAGCACUCUCAUCCUUCGGACUGGCCACAGGUGGCAGCCAUCUUUGGAGGGCAGAGCUGUUGCGGCUAUUAUUCCCUGGUUACGCUCCUCCCCAACUGGCCCAUUGCAGGGGAUGUCCCACCUCUCCACCCAUCUGUGGAGUUUGUUUUCUAUUGCCUGCAGGCUGGGCCUGGGUGGGCUCCAGCUGUCUACAUGCUGAUCCCGGGUGUAGAGUUGCCAUCCUGCACACCUGGUUGGGGCUGGGGCUCAGACUUGAAGGAGCAGGGUGUCCUGGCCAGGGCUGGGGAGGAACUUGAGUCUUAAAGACUGGCUCCCGCCCCAAUCCUAAGUCCCAAACUGCUCUGGGAGCCUCCACUUCCCGCUGGGUCGUGGCUUCUAGGAUCCUCCCAAUAUGCUGUGGUGCAGCUGGGUUCAUCAUGGCUCAGAGAGGCCAAGGUCACCCCAGGGGUCACACAGAGGCAGACAAUGGUCGGGGUGGGAGUCCUGGACCUCCUUGGUUAGCCAGAGGGAUCCUAGUCCCUUUCCCUGGCCACUAGAGUCCCCAUCACCCCCGAUUAAUAUCUUGGUGCCAGUUACUGCAGUUCUUCCUCCAGGGCUCCAUCUGUCCUGCUCAGCCUCCUUUCUUGUGCCUCAAGGUGAACCCUGAGCCUUCCCGAUAGACAGCAGCCUGCAGGGAAGGUGGUGUAUGGGCUCCUGUCCUCUUCCUCCCAGAAGUCUUCCUGGGUUAGUUAUGGGGGUAGAUGGCAGCUAUCCUCUGUGCAGACUGAACCUGGGGCUUCUGUUUCCUCCCAGGCCCUGCACCCCCACAUCCUGCCUCACCUCACUCUGGGAUGGAGUGCUGUGUUUUGGGAAUGGGCACCCAGCAUGUUCCAAAGAGA